AGCUCGGAGCUCUUCACCGAGCAGCUCCUCGAGAGGAGUGUCGCCGGUUGGGACGCGUGCCGCGCACUGGCACCGCCCGGGCACGAGCCAGGCUGCACGAAAAUUCACUGAGUGCCCACCUCGCUGGCUCUACAAUGAGUGCCAAAUCUGCCAUCAGCAAGGAAAUUUUUGCACCUCUUGAUGAAAGAAUGCUGGGCGCUGUCCAAGUCAAGAGGAGGACAAAGAAAAAGAUUCCUUUCUUGGCAACUGGUGGUCAAGGCGAAUAUUUAACUUAUAUCUGCCUGUCAGUGACAAACAAGAAACCCACACAGGCGUCUAUCACGAAGGUCAAACAGUUUGAGGGCUCCACAUCCUUCGUUCGGAGAUCACAGUGGAUGCUUGAGCAGCUUCGCCAGGUUAAUGGUAUCGAUCCUAACCGGGAUUCUGCAGAGUUUGAUUUGUUGUUUGAAAAUGCUUUUGACCAGUGGGUGGCUAGCACAGCCUCAGAAAAAUGCACCUUCUUCCAGAUCCUCCACCACACGUGCCAGAGGUACCUCACUGACAGGAAGCCAGAGUUUAUUAACUGCCAGUCCAAAAUUAUGGGAGGAAACAGCAUUCUUCAUUCUGCUGCCGAUAGUGUGACCAGCGCAGUACAGAAGGCCAGUCAGGCCUUGAAUGAGCGUGGGGAAAGGUUAGGCCGAGCUGAAGAGAAGACAGAAGACUUGAAGAACAGUGCCCAGCAGUUUGCGGAAACUGCCCACAAGCUGGCCAUGAAGCACAAAUGUUGAGAAACUGCCUCCUGGUGACCCUCUUAGGAGAAACAGAAGGGUUUGUUCAGCAGUUUUUACAAGAAUUCUGGACCUCCACUUGCUUCUUUUUUCCACAUAUGGACAUUGACGAUUUUUUUGGUUGUUGUUGUUUUUCAUUUCAGAUGUUAAUAUGAAUGAACAAGUGUUGUGUUUAUACAUUUCACUAAUAAUCUUGCUACAAUAGCAUCAGGCUUCA